AUGGUGACCACUGCCGGUAACAGCAUGGGGGGUGGCGCCGGCGACCUAGCCGCUGGCGAGUCCCUUCCCCUCAACAUGCGCCUGGCUGCUGCCUCGAGGGCAACGCCCGUCAGAGAAGGCCUUCCGGGAGGAAACAGCUUCGGCGAAACUGCGGCCAUCUCUAGCAGCGUCACCUCGUACCCUCCGCUGAGGUAUUGCGGCAGUGGCGUUGUCGAUGCGCGCAAGUACCGUGAGGAGCUUCUGAUGAUCACUCGGAACCAUGAGGACAUGGGAAAGCGGAUGUACACCCACCCUUACUACAAGUGGUUCCUCAUGGGGAUUGUUGUGGGUUACUCUUGCUUCCUGGGAUUCUGCACCCUGCUCGACUGGCAUGAUUUCUCGACUCCCUGGGUGACCACCAUCUUUGUUUUUCGCUUUUUGUUUUUUGUCGUGUUCACGUUCGACCUGAUCAUGCAGAGUACGCAGGAUAUGAACAUAAAAAUAUAUCGAAACCCUGAGUUUCUUGUUGAUUUGGCCCUGCUAAUCUGCGAGGCUGCCAGCACGAUUUAUGUCGCGCACGCGGUGUUAAAUCACUGCAGCUCGCUACCCGUCGUUGUCGACAAGUGUCAGCAGGACCUGAACAAUCUGAGGAUCUGGUCAUGUAUUCCGUUGCUUCGGCUCUACAAGCUGUGCAUGCACUGCGGACCGCUCCGAACCCUGACGAAGGGUAUUCUGUUGAGUAUUCAGUCCCUGGCGUGGACUGCUGUUUUCGUUGUCAUGGUCAUCUACGCAUGUGCCAUAUACACUACCUGGGUCUUCACGGAGGUUAAGGACGAUGAGAUGGACGACUACUGGGGAACGCUGCUGCGGUCGAUGUACACCCUGUUCACCAUCAUGACGCUGGAAGGUUGGAACCAGGUGAGCAACGACACGGCCAAGUUCUACCCGAACUCGAAGUUGUUCUUCGUGAUUUUCGUCUGCUUCGCCACGCUGACGGUGAUGAACGUGGUCACGGGUAUCAUUCUGAACACGUUCCUGACGGUAAAUGAGAAGUUUAGUGAAGAAAAAUGCAGCAAGGGUCGAUGUGACCGGUACGCCGAGGUCACUUCGAUUCUGGGUGAGGCUAUCAAGGGUGCGCCGAGCGGGGAGCAAGCCUGCAUGUCGCGUGAGGCGACAUCACAGUUUGUCUCUGCUCGUACAUGUUCUAAGGACACUAUGGAAGAGCACACGGCCGCUUCGGAUAUUUCCAACGCAGGCAAUCAGCGCAUGAAGGGAGAGGGUGACAAAUUGGCGUCGAAGAUGAUGAAGGUGGGCCAGUCGAUUGGGUUGAAGAUGCGUAACACUAUGUGGCGUAUAAUGCCUGCGCUGGCCAGAUCACGCGAAGAAAUCACAGGAGAAAUCAUUUUUGGCGACAUCGAGCGGGGCGAUGCCGAUGAUCACAACAACGCGCCCGCCGGUGGAACGCAGUCGCUUAAUCUCCCGGAACCGCUGACACCAACCAACGCCCGCGGAGGCGCCACGGUCUUACAGGACGGCACAAGCCCUAGCACCUCAAGAAAGCCAACGGCAAGUGAAAUUCUAAACGACCUCAUGGAUGCGGUUGAGACGUCGCCCUCAGGAGAGCUCAGCACUCUUACGGCACAUCUCCCCGUGCGCUCGCCGGGCGCCCCUGCUCCGCAGCCUGCCGCAAACAACUCGAUUCAGGGCGCAUGCAAGGUUAACAUGAGCGGCGACAUGAGGUCGAAUGACUGUGUGGUCUAUGGCUACCGCAAUGAGGGUGAAGUGGGAUCGACCGAGAUGCUGCGCUUCGUCGCGGCGCAGACCGGAGACCACGCAGUCAUCGACAUGACCUUCCGCGACCCCUACGCCACGCUGACAGAUCCGUCAAUCAAGCAGGCGCUGCGCCAUGCCGGAGUGCCGAUGUUCCAGGCGUACGAGGUCCUCAACAUGUACUACGCGAAUGGACUGUAUCAGGUGACCGUCUCCGAAUUCGCCGCCGCGUGCGAGCGCCUUCCCGGCAACACCAGCGGCAAGGAUCUGCUCUCCUUCGAACUGGCCUUUGCGCGACGCCUCAGCGUGCUCGAGGCGCGCAUCGCCCAGGUAGGCAGCAAGCUGGACCUGCUGCUGGAGUACUUCGCCAAUUCUGCCGUGGCACCGGGUAACAAGCACUAA